UACGGGUAUAAAAGAGGAAAGAUUGGUUUGCUGUUCAACAGUACAUCUUGCAGCAGAUGCUCGAGAAGUUCUCCAUUAACACAUUCCGGAAUAGCCACUCGUCGUCAAUAAAUAUUGUAACGGAAGAAAUAUGAGGGGUGUGAUACUGCUCUGUGCGAUAUUGCUGUUGUGCAAUGUCGCACACGGUAAAUCGAAAUCAUGGUGGCAGACAAUGUCGCUGUACCAAGUUUAUCCUAGAAGCUUCAAAGACAGCGACGGGAAUGGCGUGGGAGAUCUCAAAGGUAUCACGAGCAAGCUGGAACAUCUGAAGGAGUCUAAUGUUGACGCGUUUUGGAUGUCGCCGAUUUAUCCAAGCCCGAUGGUGGACUUCGGCUAUGACGUUUCCGACUUCCGUGGCAUCGACGAGAUGUUCGGCACCAUGGAGGACUUCGAGCAACUGACGAAAACCGCGCGCAACUUGAAUCUCAAAGUCGUCUUGGACUUCGUGCCGAAUCACUCGUCCGACAAGCACGAAUGGUUCCAGAAGAGUUUGCAGGGCAUCCCGCCGUACAAGGACUUCUACGUGUGGCGCGAAGGCAAUGUGCUGCCGAACGGGACUCGCACGCCGCCGAACAAUUGGGUGAGCGUGUUCCGCGGACCAGCAUGGACUUAUCGGGAGGAACGACAAGCGUAUUAUCUUCAUCAGUUCGCGCCGGAGCAACCCGAUCUCAAUUACGAGAACGAGCAAGUGGUGAAGGAAAUGGAGGACGUUCUGAGAUUUUGGCUGAACAAGGGAGUGGACGGAUUUCGGAUUGACGCGAUACCGUUCUUAUGCGAGGAUCAGAGAUUCCUGGACGAGCCGCUCACGGACAAUCCAGAUCCCAAUGAUCCGGGACACACGGAAAAAAUCUACACUCAGGGUCAGCAGCGCACUUACGAUAUAGUCAAGAAAUGGCGAGAAGUCCUUGACGAGUAUCAUCCCGAGGAGAGGAUCAUGAUGAUGGAGGCUUACGCAAAUCUUACAGCGACGAUGAAGUAUUACGUGUACGGGUCGCACUUUCCUUUCAACUUCGGUCUGGUCACUGACACGAACGAGGACUCCACCGCGGCCGAUUACAAGCGACUGGUCGAUAAGUGGAUGCUGAAUAUGCCGAUUCUGGACGGAACUGCCAACUGGGUGGCUGGAAAUCACGACAAGUCCAGAUUGGUGACUCGUUACGGCCCGCAACGAGCACAAGCGAUAACAAUGAUGACGCUGCUGCUUCCGGGCGUGAGCGUGACUUACAACGGCGAGGAAAUCGGUAUGGAGGACACGUGGAUCUCGUGGGAGGACACCAAGGACCCGCAGGGCUGUAACGCCGGCAAGGACGGUUACGAGAAAGCGUCCAGAGAUCCGGCAAGAACGCCGUUCCAGUGGGAUAACACCACUUCAGCCGGAUUCUCCACGAACCCGAAAACGUGGCUGCCGGUCAACGAGAACUACCUGACGCUUAAUUUAGCGGCGCAAAAGACGCAGGAUCGAUCCUACUACGCCUUGUACAAAGCGGUUUCCGAGCUGCGUAAAUCGCCGGCGAUCAGAAACGGAAACAUACAAACAGCUUUAUUGGACGACGACGUUUUCGCUUUCGCCAGAAAAACUGAAGAAGAGUCGGUUUACGUAGCGGUCAAUUUUGCGGAUACCGAGAAGACCGUCGACUUAACGCCGCUCACUCAACAAGCCUCAGAUCAAUUGACGGUUUAUUACGCGUCCACGAACGCUGCUCAUCUGAUUGGAGAGAUCGUCGAAGACGUCACCACCGUGAAGAUUCCCGCAUCCGGCGCCGUGAUAUACAAGACCACGGCGUAGAGACCGAAUGAAAAGCUGCGGAAACGAGUAUUCGGCCCAGAGACAUUAAGCGGAAAUUUCUCAUAGUUCUUUACAGAAAAGGGGAGAGAUGAUUCGGUCGUAAGAACGGCUCUCCCGAGACUCAUCAUCUUGCCUUGCUACUUAUUUACAUUCACGUAGCGUUGCUGUUUUAUUUAUUACCGGUCCACGUAGCUUAUUGGAUAAAUUAGUCUACGACGCGAAGAACGACUCGCACAAACGACGAAUUACAGUAAAAAAAAAAAAAAAAAAUAACGCACGUUAGUACGAGCACAAAGUACACACUAACAAUAAAUUUUCCAUUAACAACAACAACGUCGUUUGUAUUUUGUCGACUGUAUUUCAAUAAAAAAAAAUAUGUGAAUUCUAAGAGCAAACAAAAGCGCUAAACUGUUUUUUUUUUUAACUUUUUAUGUAAACACUUGAUUAUUAUUAAAAACACCUUUCAACACA